CCUAAGCCAAUAGAAGCUCAACACCUCCAUUCACAAAUGAGAUUUAUAGAAAUGGUGAUGACUUUGCUCUUAAGUGGAAACUCCACCCAACCCACCUCUUCAUCUUUUUCCCUCUAUUUGUCCUCGAAGCCUCCCCCUUAAACAAUUCCACAAGCCUCCUCUAUUCUUCUCUCUACUCAUAUACCCAUCUCAACCUACCACUUCUCAUUGCUUCUUCAACUCUCAAAUCAUAGCCAGCCAAGAAUUUUGCAUUAAAAAAGCUAAGAGGGGCAAUCAAGAAAGUGAUGACAGUCACGUCUCACCAUCCGAGACCUUUCCUUGAAUCCAACUCUACUCAACAUUCACAUCCCAAGGAUUGGUCUUUCGCAAGGUCCCAAAUUUAGUCAAUUUGGGAUUAAUUUAGUGAAAAAGAUUGAGUCUUUGAUUGUUUCGUCGACCCCAAAAUUGCUAUCUUGGUCACCAUGACUGAGGUACUCCAAUCCCCAUCUCACUUCCCUUCACCUUCAAGCUCUUCCCCACCCACAAGUAAUGAUGGCCCAUACCCACAUGCCCUUAUUACCAGUCCUUCCGUAGGUGAGAGCCUGCAAGCCCAUUUGAGUUCAGAGGAGGAAGAAGAAGAAGAAGAAGAAGAAGAAGAGAGGAAGAGGAGCGAGAGAGACAGAGAGGGAGAUCAGCUGUCGCUCUUGACGCUUCUUGUGGCUGCUUUUAGGAAGUCUUUGAUUGGGUGCAGUACUACUGGGACUGGGGCCGAGAGACCUAAGCUUUCCAACAUGGAGAUUGGGUGGCCUUCCAAUGUGAGGCAUGUUGCCCAUGUCACCUUUGAUCGGUUCAAUGGCUUUCUGGGUUUGCCGGUUGAGCUUGAGCCUGAGGUUCCCAGGAGGGCUCCUAGUGCUAGUGCGAAUGUUUUCGGGGUUUCCACAGAGUCCAUGCAGCUAUCAUUUGAUGCUAGAGGAAACAGUGUCCCCACAAUACUCAUCUUGAUGCAGAGACAUUUAUAUGCGCAGGGGGGUCUGCAGGCAGAAGGAAUCUUCAGAAUUAAUGGCGAGAACAGUCAGGAAGAGUACGUCAGGGACCAAUUAAACAAGGGAAUAAUACCAGAGGGUGUUGACAUGCACUGUUUAGCAGGUCUUAUUAAGGCUUGGUUUAGAGAACUCCCAACUGCUGUAUUGGACUCUCUCUCACCAGAGCAGGUAAUGCAGUCGCAGACAGAAGAGGAGUGUGCUCAACUUGUUAGGCUCCUUCCGCCAACAGAAGCUGCAUUAUUGGAUUGGGCAGUAAACCUAAUGGCCGAUGUUGCACAGAUGGAACACCUGAACAAGAUGAAUGCACGCAACAUUGCCAUGGUCUUUGCGCCAAACAUGACUCAAAUGGUAGAUCCUUUGACUGCAUUGAUGUAUGCAGUCCAAGUGAUGAAUUUCCUCAAGACUCUUAUAGUCAAGACACUAAGAGAGAGAGAAGAGUCUAUGGUGGAAACAGCUCCUGUCCCACACCUUGAGCCUUCUGAUGAGGAUGAGCACCAAAGCACUUUUCAACCAUAUCUCGAAGAGACUAAUAAGGAGGCUAACAAGGAAAAUGAAGAGGAGAAUGUAUUUGUUGCCGAAGAACCUGCUUUACAGAGCCCCCCUCGCACUUUACAAGAUGAACCUACAGCUGAAAGUGGAUCCCAGAAUUUCCUCUCUUCUAUCAAAUAUAUGAUUCCCGGAGGAAAUUGGUCUGUAGUUGAUAAUUGUCCUUGUGAGGUUGUAUCCCAAGUCAGCUCUUUAACAAAUGGGCUCCAAGAGGAUGGCAUAACAGGUCAGGGUAGAGAGGCUCAGACAAACGUUUGGAAGAGUCAACCAAGCGUUUCAAAUCUGAAGAUGGGAUCAAAGGUCACUGAGCAGCUAAUGGUUCAAAUUGUCGGGCCUGGAGACAAGAGCAAGAGAACUGGGAUUCUUAGCCGCAUAAAUUCGAGGACAGAUAUCGCUGAAGGUUGGCGUUGAAGGGUGUAUGGUGCCGCUUUUGGGUGUUGGGAGACUGCCCAUUGGUGACACAGGUCCUCUCAAGUUUUCCUUUCUCCCUUGUGAAAAUGUUGUUUAUGUGUAUGUCUGUAUGAUAUAAUGUGUGCUUUACAUUUGUUUCUGGAUGAUGUUCUUAACCCUGUUGCCUAACCCAUUCUAACA